AUGACUACCACCCAGAAACGCCAGAGGACUCCCGACAUCACGGCCGACGUGGGCGGGCAGAAGAACGUGGACCAGCUCCACAAGACCAGUCGCGAUUUCCGGAGCGACACAUUUACGAUGCCGACGGACGCGCAGCUCCAGCGGUCCAUGACGGCGUCGCGCGGCGACGACGUCUAUCUCGAGGACGCGGACACUGCGGCUCUGGAAGCGCGCAUCGCGCGCAUGUGCGGCAAGGAGGCGUGCAUGUUCGGUGCGAGUGGAACCAUGACGAACCAGCUCGCGAUCAGGACACACUUGAAGCAGCCGCCUCACUCUGUCAUCACCGACAACCGUGCGCACGUGCACAUGUUUGAGGCGGGUGGUAUUGCGCUCUUCUCUCAGGCGACAACGCAUGGUAUUGUCGCCGAGAACGGCAUCCACCUCACGGCCGAGGAUGUGCGCGGUGCUCUGCAGCUCGGCACCAACAUCCACAUUGCGCCGACAAAGCUUAUCUGUCUCGAGAACACUUUGUCGGGCAUUGUGUUCCCACAAGAAGAGAUUGUGGAGAUUAGCAAGUUGGCGCACGAGAAUGACAUUGCGAUGCACCUCGACGGAGCGCGGUUGUGGAAUGUCGCUGCCAAAGAGGUCGAAGAGCGCGGCCUCGACGCGACCAACCAAGACGACGUUACCACCGUCAUGACCGACCUGUUGCAACCAUUUGAUUCGGCGUCACUCUGCCUGUCCAAGGGGAUCGGAGCGCCGGUGGGUUCCGCCACUGUUGGGAGCAAGGACUUUAUCGACCGUUGCAAGUGGUUCCGUAAGGCAUUUGGUGGUGGUUGGCGCCAAGUCGGUGGUCUGGCCGCCAUGGCUGACCAUGGGCUCACCCACCAUUUCCCGCGGUUGGCCGAGACGCACGCCCUCGCCCGCCGCCUGGCGGACGGCCUCAAGGCGGCCGGAUUCGAGAUCUCUGCUCCUGUCGAUACCAACAUGGUGUUCUGGGAUGCGACGCCGCUCGGUCUCAAGACCAAAGACGUGAUCGAUGCCCUCGCAGCUCACCCCGACCCCAUUACGAUCGGGUCCAACCGCUGCGUGCUGCACCACCAGACGUCGCCGCAGGCUGUCGACGAUUUCAUCGCCGUUGUGACUCGCCUCGCGGAGGGCGUGCCUGUUGACAAGCGGUCGCCGCGCGAAGCCGGCACAGCGCGUAAGGGCAUCCAGGUGCUCACGCCUCCAUCCGACCCCGUGCAGGAGCUGCACCACAAGGAGCCGUCGCGUAAGCGCGUCAAGCUCGGGUACUAG